AUGUCUUCACUCGUUCAAGAUGAGACGGAAUGCAAAUCAACUCUGGGUACUUUAUUGUAUACAGAGAGAAAAAUUUAUGGGUUUUCUGCUAAAGUAGUUGAUGUAAUCCUUCCAACGAGCAGUCUGUUUGGGCAUGUUGAAUACAAAUUGGAGUUAAAGGCUUCACCACACAAUGCAAUAGAUAAUGAACCUCGUAUUUUUAACAUGUCAACACGUUUCAAGGUUAUCAGCCGUCUUUACUCUACACUUGCAAUGAUUCAUCGCAACCUUUAUCUAAAAGACAAAUUUCCAUCCUUUGCCGAACCCAAAUUUUUUGGAACAGCAAGUCCCGAGACGGUGACAGAAAGGAGGAAUGCUAUAGACAAUUUUUUGCAAUUUGUUUUGAAUAAUGAGACGCUUUGCAAGUCGAGAGCUCUUCAGGCUUUUAUUGAGGAAACAAAAGAAUUUUUGCCAACAGAUAGCAACGAAACUGAAGAAAUUGAAAUUAAAUCGAAUGAUGUUGAAAAUAAUAAAAUUGAAAAUACCUCAGAAAAUAAGCAAAAUGAAGUUAAAGAAAAGGGGGAGGAGAAGGAAGAAGUUAAAUAAAAAAAAUUAAGGAGAGGAAGAAAGAAGGAAGUAAAUGAGAGAAGAAUAAAUGGAUGCCUAUGUUUAUAAAAAAUAAUUAAAGGAAAGUGUUCUUUUUUGAUUCUCAAAAAUAUCAACAAAAAAUUUAAAAGUAAAUUUAAAAUAUACCUAAAUAUAUGUCUUUUAAUUAAAUAUUUUUUAUGGAAAUAUAGAACAUGCUCAAUUAUAUAUUUUUUGAAUAUUUAGUAAAGGUGGGGAUAAUGAAAAUCUGUGGGUCCAGAAAAGGGUUAUGUAUCAGGGAUCUAGACGACAUAAAAAUUCAAUUCCCUAUUUUCGGGAAUCGGGAUUCCCGACCCAAAAAACGUCGGGAAUUCUUGAUUUUCGGAAAUCGGGUCGGCUGGAUCUCUGGUAUGUAUCAGUUUUGGUUAAUUAUAAAAGUUAGUGAAACCGACAGCUCUAGUCUUGAAAUAAAAAGGAGAAAAUUUAAAAGGAAGGGAUUUGGAACAAAAACAUUUUUUUUUGCUUGUCCCCGUUGUCUUCAAAAAAGUCCCUUGUUUCGGUAUCUAAUUUUAAAUUGU